AUGUUGACGACAGCUAUCAAGGAUCCAGACUCCUACGGUGCUGUUGGAAAUGAAAGUGAUCCUCCAUUUAGCUACGCGCAUUGCGUCCGGAUGCUUUCUCGGUACGAGGAGUUUCUUCUUCGGAAAGCCUUAUCCCGUGAGCCGGAUGUUCGCUGGUGUCCUAGCGGCUGCGGACUGUCUGAUCUGGAGUAUGCAGAUGAAAUCGUAUUGUCAAGUGAAGAUCCAGGUAAGUUGCAAGGUUUUCUGGAUAGGUUGAGCGCUGGUGUAGCCAUGUUCAGUAUGCGUUUCGCACCCCCUUCCCAAGGUGCAACAUGUUACUACCAAACUGUGUUGGUCCAGUACCCAACCUAA